UGAAUUCUGGGAACGUAUGGAACCUGAAUCGACCGCUGCUUCCGGCGGCGACACCACUUAUUCAUGGCCGCCGGCUAAGGGCGUUGCCGUCUACGGAGUCGCAAUAACAGCGGCAAUGGCGGUGGGUUACGCCGCUCUUUAUGUUCGUCGAUCGGCUAAGUUCAGAAGCCAAGUGGUGGGGAUAAUACCUGCUCGCUACGCAUCAUCCAGAUUUCAAGGCAAGCCCCUUGUUCCAAUCCUUGGAAAACCCAUGAUUCAGAGGACUUGGGAAAGAGCAAAGCUUGCUACUACACUGAGCCAAUUAGUCGUGGCGACAGAUGAUGAGCGGAUUGCUGAAUGUUGUCGUGGAUUUGGAGCAUAUGUCGUAAUGACAUCUGAAUCUUGUCGGAAUGGAACUGAACGCUGCUAUGAGGCGCUUCUAAGCCUCAAAAAGAAGUUUGAUAUUGUUGUAAAUAUUCAAGGGGAUGAGCCGCUUAUUGAGCCUGAGAUAAUUGAUGGGGUUGUUAAAGUUUUGCAAGCGUCCCCUGAUGCUGUAUUCAGCACAGCCGUCACAUCUUUGAAAGCGGAAGAUGCUUCUGAUCCGAAUCGAGUGAAAUGUGUGGUGGAUAAUCGUGGCUAUGCGAUAUAUUUCUCUAGGGGACUUAUUCCGUCUAACAAGUCAGGGAAGGUUAAUCCACAAUUCCCGUAUUUACUUCAUCUUGGCAUUCAGAGUUAUGAAGCAAAGUUCUUGAAGUUAUAUACAGAGAUUUCUCCUACUCCAUUGCAACUAGAAGAAGAUCUGGAACAACUCAAAGUCCUUGAGAAUGGUUACAAGAUGAAGGUCAUCAAGGUUGAUCAUGAUGCUCAUGGUGUUGACACUCCUGAAGAUGUUGAAAAAAUCGAAUCUUUGAUGCGAGAAAGAAACUUGUCGUAGAUUUUAUUCCGGGAAGAGAGCAAUGUUACCGUUUUCGAGAUAUUUUUGUGACGGAAAUCUAGCGUUAUUUUCUUCAUUUGCCAUUACGAGCAACUUAAAAUUUUGUAUGUUUGACUUUUGAAGUCAACACUACUCUUCGAAUUUGAAUCCAAGACAGAAUUCGAUAAACAUGUCUCUUUUUCCGUAAUUAACUCUAACGACGAGACGAAGAUUCUUAAACCAAUGACUAUGAACUCGUCAAUUCGUCACUUCAGGACUCGUGCGUAGUUUUCUUUCUCGUUUCAAAGAAAUUAAAUAAAAACGCUCAACGGUUGA